AUGCAGUACGUACGCAGCAUCAGCGGCUCUGUCUCCAAGACAUGGAACUCGAUCAAUCCAGCCACGCUGAGCGGUGCGAUCGAUGUGAUUGUUAUUGAACAGGAAGAUGGCACCCUCGCUUGCUCGCCCUUCCAUGUCCGUUUCGGGAAGUUCUCGCUCUUGCGUCCAUAUGAGAAGAAGGUGGAAUUCAAAGUCAAUGGGAUCAAACAAGACUAUGCGAUGAAGCUGGGAGAGGGAGGCGAGGCAUUUUUCGUCUUUGAGACCACCGACGAGAUCCCCGCUUCUCUGCAGACCUCACCACUAGUAUCUCCCGCGGUUAGCCCGAAAGUUCCUGGCGAAGAUCUUGCGUCAUCUCUACAGGAACCGGAGUAUCUGGACCUUGAAAAAUCGCACGGGGAUGCUCUAUCAGAAGGCGCAAAGACUCCGCCAACGAUGCCUCUCUCGCUGCAGUCGCGGGCAACUACGGAUUUGGGUGCGAUCACUCCAUUGUCACGUUCUCCCGCCGAUUCGGACCUAAGCCCUGCUCUUGGUGACUCGUUCAACUCUAAACCUCCCCUCGAUCACUCGGUAUCGGACAACGUACUUUCCACUAGUAUCCCUCGAUCCGACGAUGAGAAGCGGACCUCCGUGAGUGGCCCUGGCUCAGCCCAUGAAGACGAUGUCGAGCAGAGAGACCGGUCUCGUAGCCCUCCUCCGCUGUCGCCUCAAGAGGCCAUGUCUCGUGCAAUCUCUCUGUCCAAGAAGCUCUCUGGCUCAAAUAUUCCAUCCCACAUUACCGAUACUGGCGACCUCAUGUUGGAUAUGACGGGCUAUAAAAGCAAUGAAGAAGAUGCUAUCCGGGCCGAAGUACUUGCCCGCAAGAUUCUUGCUGAGGAGUUGGAAGGUAGCUAUGACAUAGGUGCGCUCAUCGGAGCAGACGAGCAUGGAAAUCUGUGGAUCUACAGCAGCGAAGGGGCCAAAGAAGCAGCCUAUCGAACGGCAGCUCUCAAUUCUAUGCGGUCCACUACGGCUCUGAGCGAAGAUGCGGUCUCCGACCCUGGGUACCAUAGCGAGGGCGAUCAUCCAACCCUAGAGCCUGCGAUGGCUGCGCGCCACCAUCGAACCAAGUCGGAUGUUCAGCCGGGCUUCCCCACCCCUCCUCAAUCACCCCUGCAGGAUUCAUUCGCCGUCGAGACUCGAAAUUAUGCCAAGACGCUGCGGUUGACCAGCGAUCAACUAAAGGCGUUGCAACUGAAGCCGGGACCUAAUCUCAUGUCAUUCAGCGUGAAUAAGGCGACCUGCACGGCAAACAUGUACCUGUGGAAUGGAAAUGUGCCGAUUGUGAUUUCUGAUAUUGAUGGAACAAUCACCAAGUCUGAUGCGCUGGGUCACGUCUUGAACAUGAUCGGACGUGAUUGGACCCAUACCGGUGUAGCCAAGUUGUACACGGAUAUUGUCAACAACGGCUAUAACAUCAUGUACCUCACCAGUCGAUCAGUUGGGCAGUCAGACACCACACGAGCGUACCUACACGGAGUAUGUCAAGACGGAUACCGCCUGCCCAAAGGACCCGUUAUCUGCAGCCCGGAUCGCACUAUGGCGGCACUGAGACGAGAGAUCUACCUGAGGAAGCCCGAGGUCUUCAAAAUGGCCUGCCUGCGUGACAUUCUUGGAUUGUUCGCAGGGAAAGAGAACCCGUUCUAUGCUGGGUUUGGAAACCGAUUGACCGAUGCCUUGAGCUACCGAUCGGUCAACAUUCCUUCCACUCGAAUCUUCACAAUCAACUCGAACGCCGAAGUGUCACUUGACUUGCUGAGUCUGAACAAGUAUAAGAGCAGCUAUGUGACUAUGCAGGAGCUGCUUGAUCACUUCUUCCCGCCUGUCAGUCUUCUGGUUCAGUCCGGGGGCGAAGAAUAUACAGACUUCACAUACUGGCGCGAUACGCCGCAGGAACUUGAUGAUUUCUCUGCCACUGAUAGUGAAGAGGAAGAGGAGCCUGCGGACGAUGAGAUGCUUGAGGAUGACGAGGAUGCAGAUGAAGAGGAAGAAGAUUACGAUGAUGAGCUGAGCGAGGGAGAAGGUAGCGAAUAUCUUGACGAGGAUGCAGAAGAAACAGACCUGGGUGCAAGUUACAUUUCGCAGGCUUCGGAAGCCCUAUCUGACCCAGCGGGGUCUAUUCUGGAGUCCAUUGAGGGCGACCAAGACCUCGAAGACGAAGGAUUGGAUGGAGAAGAAGAUGUUCAUGCCGCUGGUGCUAUGCCGGCUGAACCAACAGGCACCAUCACCCUUCCUCUACGUCCCAAGUCCCGGGAUCUCUGA